UAAAAUAGAAUUUGGCAAAUAAACAAGCACUUCUUAUAAACUCCGUAAUGACGUUAAUUUACUUACCAAAUUCGCUUCGUGUGACACAAUUGUUAUUCUAAGCGCAAAUGAGCGACAUUUGUGUUAAGUACAAUAAAAAUGAGAGCAAACUAUUAUUUCAUUGUAUAUCAAGAGAAAGUUAUUAUUUUUGGGUAAGGUCUUUUUUAUUUAAGUGGCAAAAUACAUAAUGAUCUAAUUUUAUUUCGAGUUGCCAUAUGAUACGCCUUUGAUUUCCUGCUAUUUACUUUAUUUAAUACGCGUUUUAAGAAAAUUUAAACAUUCCCACAUCUGUUUUAGCCAGUGGUGACCUUGGCUAACAUAUUUCAGAAUAUGCCUUGGUCUAUAAAACCCAUAUCAACUAAAUUGCGAGGGUUAGUAUCUACUAAGGUUCCUGUCAAAAAGGCGAACAAUGCGCGGCAGAAUUCUAUUGUUGUGUGCAUUAAUUUGCCUUUUUGUUAUUUUGACUGAGGCUAGACAGAGGAAAGUUAAUCGUUCGGGAUCCAGAUCCUUGGCCGCCAAGAGUGGACUUAGGAAUCAACGAAGUAAGGCCAGUCGAGGAAACAGACUCUCUGCCAGAACGAAGAAUGCCAGGAAACGCCGACGGAAUGCGGCCAAGAGCAACCGAAGGCGCCGUAAUUUGGCCAAGAGGUCAAGUCCUAAAAGCAAGGCCAAGUCAAACGCGAGCAGUAGUCGAUCAAGUUUUGUCACAAUACCAUUGGACUUUCAAAAAAAUUUUGUUCGAACCACCGACAAUCUGCGAUUGGAGAAGUCCUUUUUGGCCCGACGUUAUGGUUCUAGUUUUGCCAAGACAGGAACCGCGAUCCUGACAAAUGUGGCGAAUAUGGAGUACACCUGCAAAAUGAGCAUUGGCACACCCUACCAGAAGUUCAAAGUACUUCCGGAUACUGGUAGUUCGGAUAUUUGGGUGCCAGGACCGCAUUGUGAGAGCAAGGCCUGCAGGAAACAUAACGACUAUCGACCCGGAAAGUCCAGUACCUAUGUAGAGGACGGCACGCCCUUUGACAUUGUCUAUGGAUCGGGUAGUGUGGCAGGAGAGGAGGCCGAGGACACGGUGAGUGUGGCUGGACUGGCGGUGACCAAUCAGACCUUCGCAAUCACUAUCGAGGAACCGGGCAGCGCCUUCGUGACGGCAAGUUUCGACGGAAUACUGGGUCUGGGCUACCAGUCCCUUUCCGUGAAUCAUGUUAAAACCUUGGUACAGAACAUGUGCACGCAGAAGUUGAUCACCAACUGUGAGUUUUCCAUUUGCAUGAAGGGUGGCGGCAGUUCCUCCCGAGGUGGUGCUCUCAUUUUUGGUAGCUCCAAUACCACCGCUUAUAGUGGAUCGAAUAGCUACACCUACACUCCAGUGACCAAAGAGGGAUACUGGCAAUUUAACCUGGAGGGCAUCUACGCGGGCAGCACCAAAGUGGUUGGCUCUGUGCCGGCGAUGGUGGAUUCCGGGACUUCGUUGCUCACAGCUCCACCAAGAAUCUUCGAAAAGAUCAAAAAGAUUAUCGGCUGCACUGAGACCUCCAGUGGAGCUUGCUGGAUGAAGUGCUCGAAGAAAAUUCCGGACAUCAUCUUUGUCAUUGCGGGCGUGAAAUUCCGCAUCAGUGGAGAAAAGACGAAGAGGAGGGUGCGGACUAGAAAGGGCAAGAUCAUUUGCAUAUCGGCCUGGACAAAAGAGAACUUCGAACUAGUAAUCCUGGGCGAUGCCUUUAUCAUGCAUUUCUGCACGGUCUUCGACUUGACCAACAAUCGCAUUGGAUUCGCCGCCUCCACUUAGGCUAAUCCUCAUUAUUUAAAAUUGUACCUACUGAUCUCAAAUACAGGGGUCAUCAUAAAUUGUAAUAUUCCUGAUUUAUUUGGUUAAAAAAAUUACAGCUUAAAUUAAAAUAAAUAUUAGUUUUAG